UUUUUUUGUGCGAUUUCAGCUAAUACUAAUAAACAGUUAUUAUGACAUCCACCGAACUGAAAAUUGGCUUGAGUACCAGUGCUCGUCCUUCCAGCCGUGUACUCAAACCCCCAGGUGGCGGACAUACGAACAUUUUUUCGGAGCCUGAAAUUUCAGUGAAUGCACCACGCCCGAAAUUCAAUCAGCAAAACUCUUCCAAUUUAAAUGCCUGCAUUGGCUCAACCGAUGCAAACAAAGUAGUGGAAAAGCUACGUGAUGAGGCAGCCAAUCAAAAGGAGGAGCCAAAACCAGCACCUGUCAGCCCGCCCAAAGAGACGCCCAGUACCAAUGGCAACAAGGCGACAAAUGAUCAGCCGCGCGGACGUGUUCCUCCCGGUGGUUACUCAUCGGGCGGUUUCUGGUAGAGAA